UUCAGACGUGACGUUAGCUAGCGCUGCAGAGAUGGGGGAGCGUAAUCUGAGUAACUUUAGAAAUUACUGUAUUGGCAGUUACACUGUUUCUCUUUCGAAGUUACUCAGAUGCCCUGCGAGCCAUCAUUUCAAAAUCUGAGCUGUUUUUACCAGAUCAGCAUAUGACAAACUGUUUCUGUGUAGUAUGGCCCGCACUUCCUGUGCUAGCUUAGGGUACAGUGAUUGCAUUUCCAAGGAAAUUUUAAGGUAAAGGCUGCUCAGUAAGUGUCAUUUGAUCAAAACAGAAAUUGAAAGCUUACAUGGGCUGUUCAUUUUGCAUAUGUUUAUUAUAUCUGUAUGUGUAAUGUGUUGCUGAAGUUUUCUGCUUGAUACAUAUUCUAAAACAUUUUUUGAAAGCAAAUUUAACGAUAAUGAUAAAUGAUAAUACUGGGAUCGAGAGACAACAUUUAUGAGAGAACUUUAGGUAGAAAAAUGGUGAAAGUGUAGCCACCAGGAGAGAUGCUUUUGAAUCUUAUUUCUGUGGAAAGCGAGCAAACAUUUAGACCGUCUGUAUCAGGGUUGGCUGAAUAUUCUGUACAUUUUAUGUCCGUUUGACGUUUGAAAUGAAAGUUAAUUUAGAAAACGCUUCAAAUUAAUUAUAAUUAAUUAUAAGUGCUGACAUAUGUUUUGAUAUGGCUGCUAAGUAAAAUGAUUUUCUUCUAGAAGGAGUCAUCCUAUUGAAUUUAAGCUUAUCGUGUUCUUUAGUAAUAUCUAAUAAUAAUAGUUAGCCUAUACUAAGUUCCAUUCUUAAUAGCAAAUGUAACAUGGGCUUAUAUGUUGUAAAAUGUAGUUGGUCCCCUGCCCCCCUACACCUGAAUUUCAGGUUCCCCCACCAAAAUGUCGCAGACAAAAGAGUGCAGCGAGUAUUGAUUUGUCUCCAAGACGCUAUCGGUUCAUACAUCCGAUACAACACGUACCCGUGUAGAAACAGACCAGUGUGAUAUCAAAGAUGUUCCUCUAGAUGGCAGGCCAGCUCUCCCCAUAAUUACAGUUCUGUCAGACGCUGUUGGACACCAAUAUAUGACCAAAGAUUUUAAAAUAUUUUCUGUCUUAGGAAAUGGUUUUAAUGUGAAAUGCCAUUGCUGAAAAUUUUAAUGUUAAAUUUGGAUCCUUUUUACAAUUUUCAUUCCAAUUUUCAGUUAGAUUUUCCCAUUUCAUUUAAUAUAUUGCAAUUCACAUGAAAUGAAAAAUUUCACCAACCUGUCACUUUAUUAGGUACACUUGUGAAACGUGUUAAACUGCUCAGGAUAAAUAUCUAAUCAGCCAAUCAGAACAACUCAAUGCGUUUAGGCACAUAGACGUGGGCAAAUUGAUCUGCUGAAGUUCAAACCAAGCGUCAGAAUGGGGAAAAGCUAAUGAUGACUGGAAAAGUACAGUUGUGGGAAACUUACAAGUAAGUGUUACAUCCUGUGGACAGGAGAACAAGGGCUUGGUGGUGGAAUGAGGAAGUACAGGAAAGUGUUCAAAGAAACAGCCAUAAGACCUGUUGAACAAGUCUAAGAAAGAGGACAGUGAACUUUUUGACCAGGUUUAACACAGUUUGGGGGAGUGAGAGGAUUCCUGAGGAAUGGAGAACAAGUAUAGUGAUUUUCAAGAACAAGGGUGAUGGGCAGAAUUGUAGUAACUACAGGAGGAUAGAGCUGAUUCGGCAUACCAUAAAGUUGUGGGAAAGAGCUGUUGAAGCUAAGUUAAGAAGAGAGGUGACAAUCAGCGAGCAGCAGUGUGGCUUUAAGAGCAUUACAUAUGUGAUGUUUGCUUAGAGUGUUGAUGGAGAAGUACAGAGAAGGUCUUUGUGGAUCUAGAGAAAGCAUUUGAUAGAAGACCAAGAGAGGAGCUGUGGUACUACCACCCUAUCCCUAGCCUCCUCUUCUGUCACACCAACUCUAUAACCCUUCUUCACCACAUCCAUGAAUCUUCUCUUUGGUCUUCCUCUUUUCCCAAAGCUAGCUUUUUGAACAACACAAUAAGAGAGGUUGUUAUAAUAAUACAAAUGAUUCAUGGUUGGUUUAAUGCUUCAAGAGUUUUGAUCUUGUUUUUUAUCACCACAUGCAGCCUUUCCACAGUGCACAAAGUAUCAAAACCUCCAGCAAAUCCUCCAGCAGGAUCUUCCUCUUCGAGAAGAAAAAGGGCUUUUUAGUAUUCACAUUGGGUCACCACACCAUGUAGCUCCACAAGAGUUUUUACACUGGAUUCCCUUCUCACAACUCCAAAUGAAUUUGUGCGUCCUCCCAGGGACAAACUGUAAGAGAAAUGUGUAAACCACUACACUGUGGAGCUACAGGGAUCUUCCUCUUCUACCAUAGUAAAAAAAAAUGAUGAAGGUAGCUGAGAGUUUGGCAGAGGUGGAGAGGAAUAACGGUAAGGUUAAAUCACUGCUUUUCGGUGGAUAGAGUUUGAGAAUGAAGCUGGAGGGCUGGAGGGAGGUGUCAGAAUUUGCAGAUGAAAAUUUGGCUGGCUCCCCGCAGAUCCUCCAGAGGUCUAUCAGAGUCUUCCUGCAGAUGAUACAGUUAAUCCCCAUCAUUCUUUUCAGCAUGUCUGGAUGGCUAGCUGGAAAGUGAACAGGUGUGAGCUUCUGUCUUGAUGUGGCCACCUUCAAAGAUUUUUACUUAUUAAUACUUUAGCAGGUGCUGAAGAUGUAUGGUAGCAGAUUCUGUAGGAAAAAAAUGUUUUGUCACCAUUACUGUCUCAUUUCAAUUGUGACAGCUUUAGAAGAGUGAAGUGAUAUUUUCACCAACUUCAUCCACCUUCCCCACUCAAGCAUCCACCAGCAUGAUUAACAUGGUCUUGAACACUUUCCAGUCUGAUUAAACACUCCAGAGCAAAGUACUCUGAGGCAGUCUCCUCGACAGACUCACAUCUUUGGCUUGGAUGGCAGCCAUCGGCCUGGGGAAGAGUUUUUGAAUAUAAAAUAGGAAACAUUUUUAGCACUAUCAAUGUAAUGUAUACUUAAUUAAUCCGCGUAGGGAAAUUACUUCUCUGGAUUGAACCCAUUCACUCAGUGAAGCAGUGGGCAGCCACCAAUCCAGUGCCCGGGGAGCAGUGUGUAGGAACUGUACCUUGCUCAGGGGUACCUCAGGGUAGCCGUUCAGUGGAUUCUUCUGAUCAUGGGGCGACCACUCUACCUACUGAGCUAUCCCUGCCAUCUUUUUUCCAAAAAGCUCUAAGUUGCUAGGGAAGGUGCACAAUCUUGGAUGUUAACAGACACAGGUACAUCCUCCUUUUCUUUAUCCACAAAUCGCUUAACCACUCCAAAUGAGGUAAGUUUUAACACUCCCCAAUCACUGGGAGUAAAUGUUGCUACAAAAGACCUCUUCCCAGAGACAGAAAGGACAUGUUUCCCCAUCUUCCACUCAUUUGACAAGACUCUGAGCACCAUUCAUCUAGAAGAGACUCAGUUGGUAGCAACUACAUAUGGCAGAGAAAUAUCACAGCCUUCCUGAGGUAAAGUUUCUCAGUACAUCAUCAGUCGUGUCACAAGCCAAGGACGAGGAAGGCAUCAUUUUGAUUUUUAGGCGCUCCUCUUCCUUGUUAAUGUAUUUAUUCGCACUCUAAGACAAGAGUGUUUUGUUUUGUUUUUCUUAAACUCACACUCAUAGACUGCAUGCACUCACCCAUAACUAAAUAGGCAGGACGUGGUUAAACAUGUGAUUUGUAGGAGGGAUAGAAUUGAACUGAUGAUGUUACACAGACACAUUUUUUUUUAAAUUACCCUUUGUGACCUUUCUCCACCUUUUGUGACCUUAGCUGUCAAAACAUAGUCUGGUAAAAGGUAUAUAGUUUAGGUGUGUGCCGUUAUAUUUUAGCAGUAACGCCCAGUGCACGUCACCAGGUUCCUCCUCCUUUGUGUCUCUCAGCGUGUGUGUGUGUGUGUAUGUGUGUGUGUCCCUGUGCAUCCAUGUGUGUACAUGCCUGGUAGGUUAAAUCCAGUUUCUCCUCGUUUCUAUCUCUCUUUCUGCCUGCCUCUAUAACUCACACACUGACACUAGCUUUGCUCUUUGGCAACACACACAAACACACACACACACGCACACACACAUAUUAAAACCACACAAAUUCAACAGAGGAUUGUAGUUGGUCCAUUUUUCUGGUGCUUUAAAACUCAAUAUAUCGCCUUCAUGGAGGAUUACCACAAACCUGACCAGCAGACAGUGCAAGCACUGAGGAACAUCGCCAACCGCCUCCGAAUCAACUCGAUCAAGGCAACAACUGGAGCGGGCAGCGGAUAUCCUACGUCAUGCUGCAGUGUGGCAGAAAUCAUGUCUGUGCUUUUCUUCCACACUAUGAAGUACCGCCCUGAAGACCCAAGAAACUUCAACAACGACCGUUUUAUCCUGUCUAAGGGUCAUGCUGCUCCUGCGUUGUACUCCAUAUGGGUUGAAACAGGUUUUCUCAAGGAGAGCGAAUUGCUCAGUUUAUGCCAGGUUGACUCUACCCUGGAGGGGCACCCAACCCCUAAACAACAAUUUGUGGAUGUCGCCACUGGAUCGCUGGGGCAGGGUCUUGGUGUGGCCUGUGGAAUGGCUUACACUGGGAAAUAUUUUGACAAAUCCAGUUACCGUGUCUUCUGUCUGCUCGGGGAUGGUGAGAUGUCAGAGGGUGCUGUCUGGGAGGCCAUGUCAUUUGCCUCCUACUACCAGCUUGACAACCUGGUGGCCAUUAUGGACAUCAACCGUCUUGGCCAGAGUGACCCUGCACCCUUGCAGCAUCACGUAGAAAAAUAUCAGAAGCGUUGUGAAGCCUUUGGCUGGCAUGCUAUCAUUGUUGACGGACACAGCGUAGAGGAGCUUUGCAAGGCUCUGAGCCAGCCAUGCCACCAACCCACUGCCAUCAUAGCCAAAACCAUUAAGGGCAAAGGCAUUCCAGCUGCAGAGGAUAAGCUGGGUUGGCACGCCAAAACUCUGCCCAAAGACAUGGCUGAGAUGGUCAUGAAGGACCUGCAGAGCCGUAUCAUGAGUAGCAGCAAGCACCUGUACCCACCUGCUCCUAUUGAGGACUCCCCACCCGUCAGCCUAAGAAACAUCAGGAUGCCAAGCGCACCCAGCUACAAGGCUGGAGAAAAGAUUGCUACGCGGAAGGCAUACGGAAUGGCACUGGCCAAGCUGGGACGCUACAAUGAACGUGUUGUGGCCCUUGACGGAGAUACCAAUAACCUCACCUACUCAGAGAUCUUUAAGAAUGAGCAUCCCAACCGUUUUGUUGAGUGCUACAUUGCUCAGCAAAACAUGGUCAGCGUUGCGAUGGGAUGUGCAGCCCGAGAGAGGAACAUGGUAUUUGCCAGCACUCUUGCAUCCUUUUUCACUCGCGCCUAUGACCAGCUUCGUAUGGCAGCGAUCUCAGAAAGCAACAUCAAUCUGUGCGGCUCUCACUGCGGUCUGUCCACCGGAGAGGAGGGCCCUGCCCUGAUGGGUCUGGAGGACGUAGCUAUGUUCAGGGCCCUUCCCACAGCAACCAUUUUCUAUCCCUGUGAUGGCGUGUCUACAGAGAAGGCUGUGGAACUGGCUGCAACCACGAAGGGUGUUUGUUACAUCCGAACCAGCCGCCAAGACUGUGCUAUCGUCUACAACAGCAAUGAGGACUUCCAUGUUGGACAGGCAAAGGUGGUGUACCAAAGCAAGGACGACCAAGUCACUGUGGUGGCAGCUGGAGUGACUUUGCAUGAGGCCCUUGCUGCAGCUGAACAUCUAAAGAAAGAGAGGAUCUCUGUCCGAGUGAUUGACCCCUUCACAAUCAAACCUUUGGAUGUCAAAACGAUCAUCGACCACACACGUGCUACCAGGGGAAGGAUCCUCACUGUCGAGGACCACUACUACGAAGGUGGUCUUGGCGAAGCAGUGUCUUCAGCAAUGGUCAAUGAGUCUGGCUUCAGUCUGCACCGUCUCGCUGUGUCCCACAUUCCUCGCAGUGGAAAACCCCACGAGCUGCUGAAGAUCUACGGUAUCGACCGUGAUGCCAUUUCCCAGGCCAUUCGUAAGAUGGUCAGCAGCUCUACCAAUGCCAAGUAACCACCUACCUAUCCAAUUACACCCCUGAAGAUAAGGCUAAGUAGUCAAAUAUGUUUUCGAUUCACAUGGCACCCAACUCUUUGAUUUCGUUCACAGUGAAUACCCCUAAGUGUGUAGGCUACUAAAGUAAUGUGAUUUUGUGCUGUACACAUUAGAGUUCCAUGUUUGCCUUCCUUUUUGUGUAUUUAUCACCAAAACUGAGACACACAAAUUCAUGCAACAUGCAUAUCCUCACUGAUAAUACCAGCGUUGUUAUAGACCCAUUUCAAUGAUAGAAAUGUGGACAUAACUGACAUUUUCAUUGGUGGAUGCUCACUAUUAAAAAAAAAAAAAAGUCCGGUAUUACAUGUCUGCUGUGUGAUCCUCUAAUGUGUUCUUAAUGCUCCUGGAUUCAUUCAACUGGCAGUGGUUUUAUAUUGUUUUGCUAUAGCUUGUAAUACUGAGUGGGGCAUAGUUUUCAAGUCGGUGUUUAUCAUAGAGUGUGUGUGUCAGACAGAAACUAAAUGAGUUGUUGUUGUGAAAGACUUUAGGAAACAAAGUGAAAGAAAUGUGUACACGUCAUAAAGAGCAGUCAUGCAGAGCCAGAAUUUAAACAUUCAGAUGAUUUCACUUUCAUUUUUGUAGUUUUUAAAUUUGUUUCUAUUCAGCAAUGUCUUUUGUUAUUGAAAUUUCAGUUACCGUAAACCAACACACCUCAGUGUUCAUUUGUGCUCUAGCACUGCUUUUGGACCUCAACAGCAGUGUAAUCUUUACACAACGUGGAGCAAAGAAGAGCCACCAGUGCUGAUAGAGGAUACAGUGGGCUGUGAUGUUGAAUAGCUAGUUACGUCCAGCGUGUCAGCCUAAGAACAAACACUUUCUUUGUUACUUGAAAUUUUGUAUGUACCAUACUUUCAUGUAAUAAAGCCCUCUGCAUUUGA